GCGUCGCCGACGCGAUGACGUCAAGCGUUGCGUGCUCUGUAGGCGACGCUGGAGUGCUGCCGGUUCCGUGGGCGGAGCAUUUUUAAGGUCGUCUGCAUCUUCUGACUGAGGAGAAGAUGGUCAACGUCUUGAAAGGAGUGCUUAUAGAAUGUGACCCUGCCAUGAAGCAGUUUCUGCUGUACUUGGAUGAGUCAAAUGCCCUAGGGAAGAAGUUCAUCAUUCAAGACAUUGAUGACACGCAUGUCUUCGUAAUAGCAGAGUUGGUUAAUGUCCUCCAGGAGCGAGUAGGUGAAUUAAUGGACCAAAAUGCUUUUUCUCUUACCCAGAAGUGAAAAUCCUAGAUAUUAAAAGUAGCAUGCAAGAGACUCAUCACUUAGUAUCUUAGGUGGCAGGCUAGACUUAGAGACUUGCUGAGAAGCAUGCUGCGAGAAAGACUCGGGCAUCAUUUGUUCAGAAAAAAGCCCCUGAGCGGAUACUCUUGUUCUGUUUUGUGUGUGUCUGUGGUUUUCUUUUUUUUACUACAUGUACCCUAGAAUUAAAAAAAACAAAACACAAAACUUUAACAGUUGGCUAUAAUUUGACUUUUUAUUGUCCUUUAUUAAAAUAUAAAUUGUUUUCCUACCUUUUUCAUCACAAUUUAAUACAUUAGGAAUAUAAUGGAAUGUGACUUUUAAUUACCAGUCUAGCCUAGACGCUUAUUUUUCUUGUUCCUGUUAACAAUUGUGAGUUUUUGUAGUGUGAGUGUGGUUUUGUUUCACCUAGAAACCUCAGAGAAGUUUUUAAUCAAAGUAUGACGUACAUACAGAAAAUGCACAAAUCAUAAAUGUACAAACCUCAGAAUUUCCACAAACUGAACACACUUAUACAACCAACACCUAGAUCAAGAAAGAAACACCACCAUCCCAAAAGCCCUUUCAUAGAAACGCCCAAGGGCCAACACUGUGCUGACUUUGAACAUAGUUUUGCUUAUUUAUUAACUUUUUAUCAACGGAAUCAUGCAGCAUGUAUUCCUGUCUGGCAUCUGUUACUCAGCAUUAUGUUUGUGAGAGUGAUCUGCACUGUUGCGUGACGUUAUACAGCUGACCUUGAACAAUGGGUUUGAACUGUGCAAGUCCACUUACACAUGGAUUUUUUCAAUAAAUAAAGUAAAUGUAUUCUCCAUAUGA